AUGGCCCGUCAGUUGGACUCUGGCAUAAUGACCGCUGCGCCGACCGAGUGUCCAAGUUUUGAACUGACCCCGAGCAACUUGGAACCACGUGACGCUACUGUGUUGGUUGGCGUACCUUCCAUUCGAUUUCCCAGUGCUGCCGAAGUAGCCGCCUUGUCAGCAUUUGGAAGUCAGCUUGCAUCAGCUCGAUUCAGUGACACCGUGUUUGCCACAGAUGAAUAUCUGGGGCCAAACUCAUUGUUCUCUGACUUUGGAGCGCUGGAAUUCGUUGGCCGCUAUUUUAUCAAGCUGCAAAGUGAUAUGAACCAGAACGACAUGUUAGCCUUGCUGGAGAAGCUUCAUCGCAUUGUUAAUUCACAGCUCUGGUCUUUCAAGGUCAGCCAACCAACUAUGCGUCGCGUGUUGAAUUCGCUGGCCAUCGCUGAUUGGACAAGUGAUGUUCUGGAGACAGCUUGGUUGCUGUAUGACGAAAGCCUGAACGAGGCAGUCUCUAGGCAGAAAACGGCAUACAGAAAGGCACAACCGUUUCUCAUAAGCGCGGAGGUCAAAUGUAAGGAUCACCAGAAUCUAGGAAGGAGUGGACUGGGGCUUCGGAAGAUGGGCAGUCAGUGGCAAGGUCAGCUUGUCGUUACUGAUGGUCCCAGGAACGUCCACACAAUUCAGGACGGUCGAGGAUCGAAAAGAGUAAGCGGUGCUCAGCUUCGGAAGCGGCAUGGUACACCGAAAGAGCUGUCGAAUAUACCAGCUUCUGGGACCAACCUAACGGAUGUCGGUGGCACGCAAGCGGCCCCUAAAGGGGAUGGCUGUCUUGGGAUUGUUUCUGCUUAUGAGGCUGUCAAAACAACUGUAUUGGCACUUGGACAGCUCAUAGUGACUGACCAGUGGCCGGACUCAAUUAACGGCAGCGAAAUGGACUUGUGUAACGUCUGCCCACCAAAGUUGGAUGUCAGCACCCGGUACUAUAGGUUCGCUGACGCAGUCACAAAGCUACCGUCACGGAUCGGUGCAGCUGGAGAGAUUGUAUUCAACGGCUCUGUCUUCAACCAUAACGCCAGGGUUCGACUGAUGCGGUGUGAUACGGAUGGUUCUGAGUCAAACACCCUUUGUGAAGAUAUGACAGAAAUGAGAGGUGCUUCAGUGUCCAGAGGGAGAAGCACUUUGUUCAACGGAUGCGGAAUGUACUUACAGCACCGUACCAUAAAAGAAACUAUUCACAAGGUUGCUGAAAACUAUUCGGCAGCCCACGACCGGUUUCGCCCCUCUUAG